GCCGGUGACGCGCAGGCCUGUCAUGUGACCAGACGAGCUCCUUCCCAGGGUUCAGCGGAGCUCGUUACCCCACCCAUCUCGAGCUAUCUGUUUAAUGUCCAAUUCACUGAGAAAAGCGGAGAAAAUACGCGAAAUACACCGCAGAAAAGCACCUAUCCGCCUCUCUUCAGACACGAGCUCGACCCGCACGUGAGGAAUCUGCUGUCAUCGGCGGAUGAGCCGCUCUGAUCGGGCAGUUCUUCAUGAAUCUUCAUGCACAUGUAGAUCCUCCGCCGAGUUCGACAGGAAUACAAAGCUAGGCUGACAGCGACCUACCUGCCAUCUAAAUAUCGAAGGAUUUUUACUCGUCGACCUUAACCGAGGGAGACAAACAAACUAAGGAAACGAGCAUAAGGAUCGUAAUUGGCGUCCAACGGGCGGCCAGGUGUGCGGAAGACGGCAGAUGACAGUCGGGGCGAGAAAGACGAAGGAGAUCCAGAUUCAGGGCCUUCUGUGAGCUGGAACCCCCAAAAGCAGCGGCUCACAUCAGAAGAGGAGGGAAAGAACAUUUUGCCAGAAAGGACCGAAAAUAACCUGUGAUCGCGCCUCAAACGGAUUUAGGAGCUUCUCCACUACCCGGGAGCAGCGUUAUGAUUCUUGUGCCGUCAUUUUAGUGGAAAUAUUUAUUAUUUUAAUUUCCAGCUCAAUCAGUCCCUUUCGGUUGUUUUGGUGCAGGAGGACGGAUUGGGUUUUAGAGACCCCGAAACACAAAUAGGAGCCUCUGGUUAUCAACAGAGUGUACAGCCAGACGCACUUAUAUUUCGGAAAUCUAGUAUGAAUUUUCUAAAGGAAAACCUUUAGAUCGUGUUUGCAUUUGCGUUCUUCAUGAAGGCGUCGUGGGAAACCCAGAAGACGAGCCCUUAUGCGCGCUAACGGGGACACCGCUUGGGCUUUAGACGGAUUUUGAUGACAUAGUUUCGGCUUUGAGAGCAUAACGAGGCGAAGGCCCAGGGGCUGUCACCAGCUUCGCGACCCUCCAGGUUCAACUCUGCUCGCGUAGACACACUGCAAGCUAACGGCUCCAGAUUCACUCUGCUCGCGCAGAUCAACACCACAAGCUAACGGCUAGGUUCUGGGAAAGGGGGCUGGGCUUCACUUUCAGUGCAUGUCCAUGGGACGAUAUCAAUGUCACCAUUCUUAAACACACGGCUUUCCUCCAGGGCCUGUCUCGGGAUUUAGGGUUCUUCCGCGCUCUCCUCGCCGAAUCCCUCUCCCCUUAGCUCGUCGGGGGCGCCGGUAAGAUGGGCUGCCUGGGGAACAGCAAAACCGAGGACCAGCGGAACGAGGAGAAGGCCCAGCGCGAGGCCAACAAGAAGAUCGAGAAGCAGCUGCAGAAAGACAAGCAGAUCUACAGGGCCACUCACCGGCUGCUCCUGCUCGGUGCUGGGGAGUCUGGAAAAAGCACCAUUGUCAAGCAGAUGCGCAUUCUACACGUCAAUGGCUUCAAUGCAGAAGAGAAGAAACAGAAGAUCCAGGACAUAAAGAAUAACAUUAAGGAGGCUAUAGAGACCAUAGUAACAGCCAUGAACUCUCUGGCUCCUCCAGUUCAACUGGCCAGUCCGCAGAACCAGUUCCGGAUCGACUACGUCCGCAACUUGGCCAAUCAGAAGGACUUUGAGUUUUCGUCUAUUUGUGGACUCUAUAAGAAAAAGGCUAAACAAGAGUUCUAUGAGCACACUAAGAGCUUAUGGCAGGACGGUGGUGUGAGGGCCUGCUUCGAGAGGUCCAACGAGUAUCAGCUGAUCGACUGUGCACAAUACUUCCUCGACCGCAUUGACAUCGUCAAGCAGAGUGACUACACCCCCACAGACCAGGACCUUUUGAGAUGCAGAGUUCUGACAUCUGGGAUUUUUGAGACAAGGUUCCAAGUGGACAAGGUCAAUUUCCAUAUGUUUGAUGUUGGAGGUCAGAGGGAUGAACGCAGGAAGUGGAUUCAGUGCUUCAAUGACGUGACGGCCAUCAUAUUUGUGGUGGCCAGUAGCAGUUACAACAUGGUAAUUCGGGAGGACAAUCAGACCAACCGCCUGCAGGAGGCGCUCAACCUCUUCAAGAACAUCUGGAACAACAGGUGGCUUCGGACCAUCUCAGUAAUUCUCUUCCUGAACAAACAGGACCUGUUGGCAGAAAAAGUUCUAGCAGGGAAAUCCAAAAUUGAGGACUACUUCCCUGAGUUUGCGCGCUACACCACGCCUGACGAUGCCACUCCAGAGUCGGGGGAGGACCCUCGCGUCACCAGGGCCAAGUACUUCAUCCGUGACGAGUUCCUGAGGAUCAGCACGGCGAGCGGAGAUGGCCGGCACUACUGCUACCCACACUUCACCUGCGCUGUGGACACCGAGAACAUCCGCCGCGUCUUCAAUGACUGCCGAGACAUCAUCCAGAGAAUGCACCUGCGGCAGUACGAACUCCUGUGAUUGGAGGAGAGAGGAUGACAGACUCCACCCCCUAUCCUUCCUCUCUCUGUCUCACACACACACACACACACGCUCUCCCGUUCCCGCUCCAGCCCAGCAUCCCCCUUCGCUGCCCUCCGCUGGUGACUGUGUCUCAGUUGAGACGACUGACUGCAAACAUGUCUAACCACAUACACACACACACACACACACACACACAUGCCUGAACAUGGCUAGGACUGCUAAACUCCCCCAGCACUCAGGACUGAGUCAACCAACACAUUGUCUCUCUCUCUCACACUCACACACACACACACACACA